AUGCCUCCAUCUCGCAACCUUCUCUUGUGUUUCGACGCCUUCGGCACACUCUUCAAACCGCGACAGCCAAUUGGACAGCAAUAUGCGGAUGUCGCACGCUCGUUCGGACUGGGCGGAUUCAGCAACGACGACGUGGCAAAAUCUUUCAAAGAGGGUAAACUCGUUUGCCAUUGCCAAGGAAAAGCAAUGAGCUGAUAAGGGCAAUUGCAGCAUUCCAAAAGGAAUCGAAGGCCAAUCCGAAUUUUGGCAAGGCGAAUGGUCUGAAUCCGGAGAAAUGGUGGACGAAUGUGAGUGGUACUGAAAAUUGGACUUCCGGCAGGGUAAAGGGAAAUCGCACGUACUGAUGGACGACACAGAUCAUAACGAAUACCUUUCAACCCUUGAUCCCACCAAAGCAAGAUAUUCCAAAGGACUUCGUGCCUAAGCUCAUUCAUCGCUUCUGGUGCGAUGAAGGCUACACUCUCUUCCCAGACGUUCUUCCUCUCGUAAAGAGAAUACGCGAAGCCCAUAGAUCUACGGAUGAUCAAGUCGUAAUCGGAGUCAUCACUAAUUCUGACGACCGCGUGCCAGACAUACUGAAAUCCUUUGGCAUGCGGGUGGGUUCACUGAGGUACGGCAGCAAUGCACAUUCCGAGAGUUCAAGCGGCGACGAACAUGACAUCGACUUUGCGGUCAUGUCGUAUGAUGUAGGCGCCGAGAAACCUGAUAAGCGUAUCUUCACUGCUGCGGAAGAGGUAUUACAGGUGCUUCUUGACAGCGAGGCGACUAAGACGGAGCAUGAUCUGAGCCAAUGGCGGAAAGUAUACAUCGGCGACGAGUACGACAAGGAUGUCGUGGGUGCGCUCGAAGCUGGCUGGAACGCGGUGCUGAUCGACAGAGAGACGACGCGAGGACGCAAAGAGGUCUCGUGGCUGGAUCCGAAGCCUCCCGGAGACCUGUACAAUACUUUCAAGUCCUGCAAGGCCGUUGGAUUCGGAAGUUUGGCGAAGUUGGCGGAGUGGCUGCCUUCGAAGACUUCGUGA